AAAUAAAUAUACUCUUGUCGAAUACAUGAAUCAUGCCAACGUGAGCAUGCGAUAUAGCUAGAUAUAAUAAUAGGCAGUAAGAUGUGUACUCUUUGACACGUCUCUCAGAAUGCCGUGGUCAAAAUGGUGCAAGCGAAACGGUGUUUGAACUUUGAAACUCAGUAACGUUACUUGCUAGCAACAGUAACGAUACUGUUAGUUAACUCGCAUUCAGGAGUGUAUACAUUACGCCGAUUCUGUUGCAAAACGUUUCGCCUGUUGCAAAACGUUAUCCAACAGAAACCGUUUAACGAAAACGAGAGUUUCAAUUGGACAAAUUCAGGCAGGUCCCUCCCCGUUUCGUUUGGUUGUUCCGUUUUCUCUGUUUGAUUUCGUUUGGUUCUGAAACGGUAAACGGUUUAUCUGUUGCACGCGUGUGGCUAGUCGACAGCACAAUUGUAAGCAUCAACACGCACAAUAAGGCUGCAAUGGACCGUAGAGCAUGUCAGAGGAAAGGAUAUAUUAGAAAUGGCCUUCCAGCAUUCUGAGCCAGGAGCCUAUUCACUUUGAAGGUCAAACUUGGCAGAGAAGAUUAUGCCUUUUUGUAAGGAAGUUUCAAGAGGAUGUCUGUGAAUGCUCCCACUUCUACUCUCGGGAUUACUGCUCAUAUUGUGGCUACUCUGGAGGAUUAAGGUCAAGAUGAUGAUGGACAAAGGUGGGGAAACUCAGACUGGCUGUGGAAGCCCUGCAGCUGCAGCACAGGAGGAGAUGCAAGCGGCCGAUGGACCCACUGCAGCUGCACCCACCCUUGCUCCUGUUGAACACUCCACACCAAUGGGUCUUGCAUCAUCUACCUCAACAGACAGCGAGGCCAACAGUCCCCAAACCCACAUUGACCCCCCUGAGGGAUCCAUGAUACCCAGGGCAGGGGGUUCCCAGCCUCCUCAGGCCUCUUCAGAGGGGAUGACAGGGCAGCACACACAGCCCCAACCUUCUCCCUUCGUCGUCCCUCAACCUCCCAGCAGAACGACCAGGCCCAAGCUCAGCUCAGGCCCUGAGGCUCGACGAGCCUGCCUCAAGUUCAUCCUGGGGGCAUCGGAGGACAAUUCAUCAGAUGAUGAGCCACUUUUGACCAUGAAACCCCCUACAGGUUCUAGUUCCUCUGAGUUAGCAGCCACCUCCUCCACCCUACGGCAAACUGCAUCAGCAACCUCAAACGCCUUCUCCCCCCCACAGCAAGUAACAUCAACCACCACCUCCCCUGGAAUGAGGCCUAGCAUGUCUCGCCCACACCUGGUGAAGAAGGGUCGCGAGCCCCGGAAAAUGGAGCUGCAGAGAGACUUCACCGUGGCCUCGCCAGCCGAGUUUGUCACCCGCUUCGGUGGAAACCGUGUCAUAGAUAAGGUGCUGAUAGCUAAUAAUGGCAUAGCAGCAGUCAAAUGUAUGCGUUCCAUCCGCCGUUGGUCCUACGAGAUGUUCCGUAACGAGAGGACCAUCCGUUUUGUGGUGAUGGUCACCCCCGAGGAUCUGAAAGCCAAUGCAGAGUAUAUCAAAAUGGCGGACCACUAUGUACCCGUCCCAGGCGGAGCCAACAACAACAACUAUGCCAACGUAGAGCUGAUCGUAGACAUCGCCAAGAGGAUUCCUGUACAGGCGGUCUGGGCCGGGUGGGGUCACGCCUCUGAGAACCCCAAACUACCUGAGCUCUUGGACAAGAACGGAAUCUCUUUCUUAGGGCCACCCAGUAAGGCCAUGUGGGCUCUGGGAGAUAAGGUGGCCUCCUCCAUCGUGGCCCAGAGCGCAGACAUCCCCACCCUGCCUUGGAGUGGAUCAGGUCUGAGAGUAGACUGGACAGAGGAUGACCAGAAGCUGGGCCACGUGAUUAGCGUACCUCCGGAGGUCUACGUGCAUGGCUGUGUGCGCGACGUUGACGAUGGACUGGCGGGAGCAGACAGAAUUGGCUACCCGGUGGUGAUCAAAGCCUCAGAAGGGGGAGGGGGAAAGGGCAUCCGGAAGGUGGACAAUGCUGAGGACUUUGCCAGCUUCUUUAGACAGGUGCAGGCAGAGGUGCCUGGCUCGCCCAUCUUCGUCAUGCAGCUGGCCCAGCAUGCCCGUCACCUGGAGGUCCAGAUCCUCGCCGACCAGUACGGCAACGCCAUCUCCCUGUUUGGCAGAGACUGUUCCAUCCAGCGGAGACACCAGAAGAUCAUUGAGGAGGCCCCGGCCACCAUAGCAUCUUCCACCACCUUUGAGCAAAUGGAGCAGUAUGCAGUGCGGCUGGCUAAGAUGGUGGGAUACGUGAGUGCAGGCACUGUGGAGUACCUCUUCUCUGAGGACGGGAGCUUCCACUUCCUGGAGCUCAACCCCCGUCUGCAGGUGGAACACCCAUGCACAGAGAUGAUCGGGGAUGUCAACCUCCCCGCCGCCCAGCUCCAGAUAGCCAUGGGGAUCCCCCUCCACAGGAUCAAAGACAUCCGCGUGCUGUAUGGAGAGACCCCUUGGGGGGACACCACCAUCAACUUUGAGGCCCCCGACUGUGUCCCCAGUCCCCGGGGACACGUCAUCGCGGCCCGCAUCACCAGCGAGAACCCAGACGAGGGCUUCAAGCCCAGCUCGGGCACAGUGCAGGAGCUCAAUUUCCGCAGCAGUAAAAACGUGUGGGGCUACUUCAGCGUGGCGGCUGCCGGGGGUCUGCAUGAGUUUGCCGACUCCCAGUUCGGCCACUGUUUCUCCUGGGGGGAGAACCGAGAGGAGGCCAUUUCGAACAUGGUGGUGGCCAUGAAGGAGUUGUGUAUUCGGGGGGACUUCAGGACCACGGUGGAGUACCUCAUCAAGCUGCUGGAGACGGAGAGCUUCAGGAACAAUGACAUCGACACCGGCUGGCUGGAUAAUCUCAUCGCUGAUAAAGUUCAGGCAGAGAGGCCAGAUACCUUGCUGGGCGUUGUCUGUGGGUCGUUACAAGUGGCGGACGCCAGCUUCAGGAAGAGCAUGUCUGACUUCCUGCACUCACUGGAAAGAGGCCAGGUGCUGCCUGCAGCCAGUCUGCUGAAUACUGUUGAUGUGGACCUGAUCUACGAGGGGGUCAAAUACUGCCUCAAGGUAGCUCGCCAGUCCCCCACCACGUAUGUCAUCAUCAUGAAUGGCUCGGACAUCGAGAUCGACGUCCACCGGCUGAGCGACGGCGGGCUCCUGCUCUCCUACAACGGCAGCUGCUACACCACCUACAUGAAGGAGGAAGUGGACAGCUACCGGAUCACUGUUGGCAACAAGACGUGUGUGUUUGAGAAGGAGAAGGACCCCACUGUGCUGAGGUCGCCCUCUGCUGGUAAACUCCUGCAGUACCUGGUGGAUGAUGGAGGCCAUAUCUGUGCAGGGAACCCGUAUGCAGAGAUCGAGGUGAUGAAGAUGGUGAUGACGCUGACGGUGGUGGAGUCAGGCUGUGUCCAGUAUGUAAAGAGGCAUGGGGCGGUGCUGGAGACUGGCUGUGUGGUGGCAAGAUUGGACCUGGAUGACCCCAGCAGCAUCCAUCCAGUGGAGCUGAACACGGCCUCCUUCCCGGCCCAGCAGCCGCUGCCUAUCGUGGGGGAGAAGCUCCACCAGGUCUUCCACAUGGUCCUGGAGAACCUGGUCAAGGUCAUGGCUGGCUACUGCCUCACCGAGCCCUACUUCAGCAACAAGGUGAAGCAGUGGGUGGGCACCCUGAUGAAGACCCUGCGGGACCCCUCGCUGCCCCUGCUGGAGCUCCAGGAGUUAAUGACCAGCGUGGCCAGCCGCAUACCGCCCAGCGUGGAGAAGGCCAUCCGCAAGGUCAUGGCCCAGUACGCCAGCAACAUCACCUCGGUGCUCUGCCAGUUCCCCAGCCAGAGGAUUGCCUGUAUCUUGGACAGCCACGCGGCCACCCUACAGAGGAAGGCCGACCGGGAAGUGUUCUUCAUGAACACUCAGAGUAUCGUCCAGCUGGUGCAGAGGUACCGCAGUGGAAUCCGAGGAUACAUGAAGUCUGUGGUGCUGGAUCUGCUCAAGUGUUACCUUCAGGUGGAAAUGCAGUUCCAGCAAGCUCACUACGACAAGUGUGUGAUCAACCUGAGGGAGCAGUACAAGCCUGACAUGACCCCUGUGCUAGAGAGCAUCUUUUCUCACGCCCAGGUCUCCAAGAAGAACGUCCUGGUCACCAUACUCAUCGAUCAGCUGUGCGGGCGGGACCCCACCCUAGCAGACGAGCUGAUGGUCAUCCUGAACGAGCUCACACAGCUCAACAAGAUGGAGAACUCCAAGGUGGCCCUGCGUGCCAGACAGGUUUUGAUUGCUUCCCACCUGCCCUCUUAUGAACUGAGGCACAACCAGGUGGAGUCCAUCUUUCUGUCUGCCAUUGACAUGUAUGGACACCAGUUCUGCCCAGAGAACCUGAAGAAACUCAUCCUGUCUGAGACCUCCAUCUUUGAUGUCUUGCCCAAUUUCUUCUACCACUCCAACCGGGUGGUGUGCAUGGCUGCCUUGGAGGUGUACGUGCGAAGGGGCUACAUUGCUUACGAGCUGAACAGCCUCCAGCAUCACCAGUUGCAGGACGGGACGUGUGCUGUAGACUUCCAGUUCAUGUUGCCCUCGUCCCACCCCAACAGAGGGAGCAGCCCUACUCUGAACAGGUUGGCGAUGCAGGUGAACAGUGUGGGACAGUUUGAGAUGAGGCGGCAGGGUAGCGAACUCUUCCUAGAUGGGGCGCUCUCUCCCCCCUGUCAGCGCAUGGGGGCCAUGGUGGCCUUCCAGUGUUUCGAAGACUUCAAAAGGAACUUUGAUGAGGUCAUCUCCAGUUUUGCUGACCCGCUCCUGGAGAGCCCGCUUUUCCCCGAGUCCUGCUCCAGCCUCUACGAGGAGGAUAACUGCAAGCAGAACAUGAGGGAGAACCCAAUCCACAUCAUCAAUGUGUCCAUCAAGUCAGCGGACACAGAGGAUGAUGAUACCUUGGUCACAGCCUUCGCUGCCUUCGCCCAGUCUAAGAAAGAUGUACUCUUUGACCACGGCAUCCGAAGGAUCACGUUUUUAGUCGCACAGAGGAGGGAAUUUCCCAAGUUCUUCACUUUCAGAGCCAGAGACGGGUUCCAGGAGGACCGUAUCUACAGGAACCUGGAGCCUGCUCUGGCCUUCCAGCUGGAGCUGAACCGCAUGCGGAACUUUGACCUGACGGCCGUGCCCUGUGCUAACAGCAAGAUGCACCAGUACCUGGGCGCCGCCCGCGUGCAGGAGGGCGCCGAGGUCACAGACUACCGCUACUUCAUCCGAGCCAUCAUGCGCCACUCUGACCUCAUCACAAAGGAAGCGUCAUUUGAGUACCUGCAGAACGAGGGUGAGCGUCUUCUCUUGGAGGCCAUGGAUGAGCUGGAGGUGGCCUUCAGCAACACCAAAUGGCGCACCGACUGCAACCACAUCUUCCUCAACUUUGUUCCGACCGUUAUCAUGGACCCCUCCAAGAUUGAGGAGUCAGUGCGCUCCAUGGUGAUGCGUUACGGCAGUAGGCUGUGGAAGCUCCGGGUGCUCCAGGCCGAGCUGAAGAUCAACAUCCGACUGACGCCCGUUGGGAUCGCCAUCCCAAUCCGUCUGUUCCUCACCAACGAGUCAGGAUAUUACCUGGACAUCAGCUUGUAUAAGGAGGUCACCGACCCCACAACGGGACAGAUCAUGUUCCAGUCGUACGGGGACAAGCAGGGCCCUCUGCAUGGCAUGCUCAUCAACCAUCCCUAUGUCACCAAGGACCUGCUGCAGUCCAAACGUUUCCAGGCCCAGACCCUAGGCACCACCUACGUCUACGACUUCCCAGAGAUGUUCCGACAGGCCCUCUUUAAGCUGUGGGGUCCGGGGGACAGUUACCCUAAAGACGUGCUGAUGUGCACCGAGCUGGUGCUGGACCCGCAGGACCGACUGGUGCAGAUGAACCGCCUGCCUGGAGACAACCAGGUGGGAAUGGUAGCCUUCCGGAUGCGGAUGAAGACGCCAGAGUAUCCCGAGGGCCGCGACAUCAUCGUCAUCUGCAACGACAUCACCUACAUGAUUGGCUCGUUCGGGCCCCAGGAGGACCAGCUGUUCCUGCGGGCGUCGGAGAUGGCCCGGGCCGAGGGCAUUCCACGCAUCUACAUCUCAGCCAACAGCGGGGCGCGCAUUGGCCUGGCUGAGGAGAUACGACACAUGUUCCAGGUGGCCUGGAUCGACCCACAGGACCCUUACAAGGGUUUCAAGUAUCUGUACCUGACGCCCCAGGACUACACCCGCAUCAGCUCCUCCAACGCUGUCCACUGCCACCACGUGGAGGAGGGCGGGGAGUCCAGGUACAUCAUCACUGACAUCAUAGGGACCGAAGAGGGUCUUGGGGUGGAGAACUUGAGAGGAUCAGGCACCAUCGCCGGGGAGACUUCCCAGGCCUACGACGAAAUCAUCACUAUCAGCAUGGUGACGUGCCGUGCCAUUGGAAUCGGGGCUUAUCUAGUGCGUCUGGGGCAGAGGAUCAUCCAGGUGGAGAACUCCCACAUCAUCCUGACCGGGGCUGGAGCCCUUAACAAGGUUCUGGGUCGAGAGGUGUACACCUCCAACAACCAGCUGGGAGGCGUCCAGAUCAUGCACAACAACGGAGUAACACACACUACAGUGCCCGAUGACUUUGAGGGCGUUUUCACUAUCCUGAAGUGGCUCUCCUAUAUGCCAAAGAACAAGCACUCUCCGGUGCCGGUGAUCCCACCCAAGGACCCAGUGGAGAGGGAGAUCGAGUUCACCCCCACCAAGGCUCCCUAUGACCCCCGCUGGCUACUGGCCGGGAGGCCCCACCCCACUGUAAAAGGGGCCUGGCAGAGUGGAUUCUGUGACCAUGGCUCGUUCAUGGAGGUGAUGGGGUCUUGGGCCCAGACAGUAGUGGUGGGCAGAGCCAGGUUAGGAGGGAUUCCCCUUGGUGUCAUCGCUGUGGAAACACGCACUGUUGAGGUGGCUAUCCCGGCCGAUCCAGCAAACUUGGACUCUGAGGCCAGACUGGUGCAGCAGGCCGGCCAGGUGUGGUUCCCGGACUCUGCCUUCAAGACAGCCCAGGCCAUCCGUGACUUCAACCGUGAGCGGCUGCCUCUGAUGGUGUUCGCCAACUGGAGAGGCUUCUCCGGGGGAAUGAAGGACAUGUACGACCAGGUGCUGAAGUAUGGGGCCUAUAUUGUGGACGGCCUGCGUGAGUUUCGCCAGCCUGUGUUGAUCUACAUCCCACCGCACGCUGAGCUGAGGGGGGGAUCCUGGGUGGUGAUCGAUCCCACCAUCAACCUUCUGUGCAUGGAGCUCUACGCAGACAGGGAGAGCAGGGGUGGUGUGCUCGAGGCAGAAGGCACUGUGGAGAUCAAAUAUCGCAGGAAGGACCUGUUGAAAACCAUGCGCCGGAUCGACUCGGUCUAUGCCGGUCUAGCUGAACAGCUUGGUAAACAGCCUGAUACACCGGAGCUGACGGACAAACAGCGGCGGGACCUGGAAGCCAAGCUGAGGGCCAGAGAGGAGUUCCUGCUGCCCAUCUACCACCAGGUGGCAGUGCAGUUUGUGGACCUCCACGACACCCCUGGUAGAAUGCAGGAGAAGGGUGCCAUCACGGACAUCCUGGACUGGAAGAAUGUGCGGAGCUUCUUCUACUGGCGUCUGCGGCGCCUCCUGCUGGAGGGUGUGGUAAAGUGUGAGGUCCUGCAGGCCAACCCAGAGCUAAGUGACGGCCACAUCCAGUCCAUGCUGCGGCGCUGGUUCGUGGAGACAGAGGGCACAGUCCAGGCGUACCUUUGGGACAACAACAAAGCGGUGGUGGAGUGGCUGGAGAAGCAUUUGGCCAAAGAGGACGGCACACGAUCUGCCAUCAGCGAGAACAUCAAGUACCUGAAGAGGGACCACGCCUUGAAACACAUCCGCAGCAUUGUGCAGGCCAACCCUGAGGUGACCAUGGACUGCAUCAUCCACAUGAGCCAGUCCAUCACUCCAUCCCAGAGGGCCAAGAUCUCCCACCUGCUGGCCACGAUGGACGGCACGGCCCCCAGUUAAACUCCAGAUCUGAGCUGAGCUGCCCCAAUGCCUUACACAGGAAAUCCCUCAAGUUCUAGCAUAGGAGAGAGACUGGAUAAGUAGGGGUGUGGACCUAGGGACAGGGGGGGCACAUUCAGCAUCUGCCUAUCGGUGCCGCCUGCUUUCUAUUGUAACCAGCUGAGACAAUAAAGCUAAGACGCCAAAGAAGCCAAAAACGUGUCUAAUUCUCAGGAUUAGGGCUGGUUCGGCUGCUCAGACACUGUAACCAUGCAGCACUAAACAUGCACUACAUGCGUCCCUGCCGUGGGCAUUUUUAAAAUUUUCUUGAGCGGAUGGUCGGGGGGCUGGAACAUAGUUAUAAAAAAUGUUAUACACUGCAAAUUGACCGAAAGAAUCCCAAACAGAUCUAGUAUUUGACAAAAUAGAAUCAUUUCAAACCUUGAUUACAUUGGGAUGUGAUCACUUAUGCCUCUCUGUUUAUGCGUGGGAAUACUUGGGAACAGAUUUCCUACAUUAAAAUCCCUUUGAGCUGAUUUCCUGGCGAUUUGAGUCUAAUGUCCAACAACGGAAAUUAUAAAAAUGUAAUAAUAUUAUUUAUUUUUUUGCUCAGAAUACUUGGGGGUCCAAAUAAAAUUGCCCGCGGGCCGCCUACUGGGAAUCUCUGUAUUACAGUUGAGUCAGUCUGUACAAACCUAUGGAGCUUUUAUGCACAUUUAAAGCAAUUAUAGUUCCAAACAUAUAAACGGUAUCAAAAAGCUGUAUACAAGCAACCUAUUCCAGACCGGUCUACACGUUUUAAAGUUUGAAUGGUGUUUCUAGCUUAAACGGUUGAAGACUAGUUACGGGCAAACAUUUACCAUUCAAGUCUAUGGCCAUUUAUGUACAUUGGGAUUUAUGUAAAUGUGGUUGUAGUGUGAAAAGUAUAAGUAGUAUCAAAACUAAAUGUUUCAAGCAACCUGACAAGUGGCAGUACAGGUUCCAGUGGAAUAAUAAUAAUAAUGUGUGAACAGUUUUCAGCGAGCACACCUAAUUAUCAAAAGUACAAACCCUUCCCAGCUGAUGCUACAGGCAGGCUAAAGCAAAUGGUCAAAGUAUUUGAACCCAGUUCUGGUCCCAUGUAUCCGUUAACAUUGCUAUGAUCAGAGGGAACCACCACUACUCGUUAGCAUUUCAGAUUCACAUUAUCAAUAGGAUUGUAAAACCCAUAUGUUUGAAAAAUGGAACAUCCGAAAACGUUAAUUCAAUGGAUUGGACCAUGUGCCUUCUAUCAGUAUUCUAUCAAGCUUCUCAUUGCUACUGCUGUACACUGGCAUUUGACAACAGGAGUGACCAGGGUUUUUUCUAUGAUGUUGAUCAUUCUGUUCAUAUCUGGGCGAAUGUGUGCCGACCUUUGAAUGUACACCAGCCAGGGGCCGAACAAAGCCCUCAUUUGUGUACCAUAUAAAAUAUGUUUUUUUUAAAUGUUAAUUAUGUGCCAGUGCAAAGAUAUUACACAAGCCUGUCUGGGGGUUGGUUGAUGUGUAGCCUUUACUUCAGUAUGUAUCCUUGUGACAAUAUCGACCCAAAAAAAUACCCAUUUAAAUUACAUUAAGUUUAAUUAAUUUCAUUUAAUUUACUGAAUCAUUUCAGUGACACAAUGGUCUAGUAGGGAAUUUUCAUUUUUUCCCCGGCAUUAAUUUAAUCCAAAGAUGAAUUAUGUCAGUAUUGUCCUUAAAAGACUAACCUGUGCAAUUUAAAAGUCAGGUAAUACUUUU